AUGCCCGAGCCCUCGCGCUCGGCUCCGGCGCCCAAGAAGGGCUCCAAGAAGGCUGUCACUAAGGCGCAGAAGAAGGACGGCAAGAAGCGCAAGCGCGGCCGCAAGGAGAGCUACUCCAUCUACGUGUACAAGGUGCUGAAGCAGGUGCACCCAGAUACCGGCAUUUCGUCCAAGGCGAUGGGCAUCAUGAACUCCUUCGUCAACGACAUCUUUGAGCGCAUCGCCAGCGAGGCCUCCCGUCUGGCACACUACAACAAGCGCUCCACUAUCACUUCCCGCGAGGUGCAAACAGCUGUGCGCCUGCUGCUUCCGGGCGAGCUGGCCAAGCACGCCGUGUCCGAGGGCACCAAGGCCGUUACCAAGUACACCAGCUCCAAGUGAGGCGCGCCUAGCGCCCCGAACCCAAAGGCUCUUUUCAGAGCCACCUCC